GAUCAAUGUGACUCUGGACACAGCCAGGAUGAAAAGGAACUAGUCAGACUCCUCCUUGGGGAGACUGAUGGCGGUGUAAAAGGUUUGUUGUGGCCAGUGUCAGAAGCCUUCCCGGCUCCAUCACCAACGCCUACCUUCCACCUCGACCCACUGGAGACCACUUAAACACCCGAGCGGAGGCGAGAGCUGCAUUCAGAAAACCAUGCUUCAUGUCAGCAGGCACCAACGGCCGAGUUUAAACUCUGUUCAGCAUGUGGACACCGCGGAGAAAUGAGCUGCCCGGACAAGCCAGGGCAGCUCAUAAACUGGUUCCUCUGCUCCCUGUGUGUCCCGAGGGUGCGGAAACUCUGGAGCAGCCGGCGCCCCAGGACGCGGAGGAACCUCCUGCUGGGCACCGCCUGCGCCAUCUACCUGGGCUUCCUGGUCAGCCAGGUGGGGCGCGCCUCUGUCCAGCACGCAAGGCCGGCAGGAAAGGGGCCGCACCGGAGCCGGGCUGCCACCGAGGCCCCGUUCCCUGAGAUACCCCUGGAUGGCACGCUGGCCCCUCCCGAGUCCCAGGGCAAUGGCACCACGCUGCAGCCCAACGUGGUGUACAUCACCCUGCGCUCGAAGCGCAGCAAGCCAGCCAACAUACGUGGCACAGUGAAACCGAAGCGCAGGAAAAAGUAUGCGGUGGCUUCUAGAGUCCCGGGGCCCGAGGCUUUGGUGGGACCAUCCCUUCGGCCUCAGGUAGCUGCAAGGACAAUGGAUUCUGAAGUACCCGGGCAUAUCCCAGGAGGAAACCUGGCCAAGGCUGGGGAGCGACCCUGGAGGUGGAUCCAGGGUCCGGGAGCGAGAGGUGGGGGCGCAGAUGUGCAGCUGCCCCCGGCCGAGGAGAGCAACAUCAGAAUCUACAGCGAGAGCGCCCCAUCGUGGCUGAGCAAAGACGACAUCGGCCAGAUGCGCCUGCUGGCCAAUGGCGCCGUGGCGGGUCUCCAGCCGGCCCAGUCCAGGAGUGGAGCACGCCUGCUGGUGCUGGAGGGGACUACCCGGCCCUCGGUGCCCGCCUGCGGUCCCAGCCCUUGCGGGCUGCUCAAGCAGUCUCUGGACAUGAGCGAGGUGUUUGCCUUCCACCUAGACAGGAUCCUGGGACUCAACCGGACCCUGCCCUCUGUGAGCAGGAAGUCUGAGUUCAUCCAAGAUGGCCGCCCAUGUCCUUUCAUCCUCUGGGAUCCAUCUUUGUCUCCAACAAAUAAUGAGACCCACUCUUCUGUUAAGCUCACUUGGGGAACUUAUCAGCAAUUGCUGAAACAGAAGUGUUGGCAGAAUGGUCGAGUACCCAAGCCUGAGUGGGGCUGUACUGAAAUACAUCACCAUGAGUGGUCCAAGAUGGCCCUUUUUGAUUUUUUGUUACAGAUUUAUAACCGCCUGGAUACAAAUUGCUGUGGGUUCCGACCUCGGAAGGAAGAUACCUGUGUACAGAGUGGACGGAGUUCAAAAUGCGACAACCAGGAUACUGUGGUUCUAGCCCACAUUGUCCAGCGAAAGCAGGACCCAAGACACUUGGUUUUUAUAGAUAACAAGGGUUUCUUUGACAGAAGUGAAGAUAACUUGAACUUCAAACUCUUAGAAGGCAUCAGAGAGUUUCCCGAAUCUGCAGUUUCUGUUUUGAAGAGCCAACACUUACGGCAGAAACUUCUUCAGUCUCUGUUUCUUGAUAAAGUUUACUGGGAGAGUCAGGGAGGUAGACAGGGCAUCGAAAAGCUAAUCGAUGUGAUAGAACAGAGAGCCAAAAUCCUGCUCACCUACAUCAACGCACACGGGGCCAAAGUGUUACCUAUGAAUGAAUAA